GACAAGAGAGAGAGAGAGCGCGCGCGAGAGAGAGAGAGAGAGCCAGAGAGAGCGAGCGAGAGAGAGAGAGUUUGACGUCACACACCUCCGUUCUCCCACAUGGACUCGGUGAUCGGGAGUAUCCGUCUUGUGCAGCCCAGUUUGGAAUAGCCGGUGGCAGCGUCGCCAGCCCUCGCACGCAACCCCGACCGGUCUUCUGCCCUUACUCUCCCCCCCCUCCCCGAGACUUUUUGUUUUCUGUUGUUGUUGUUGUUGUUGUUGUUGCAUGUUUGUUUCCGUUGACUACAAGCAAAAGGACUAGCACACCGCCGGGCUCCAGAUUUCGACGGCUGAAAGACGCGCGAUGGAGAAAAUGUCCAGACAUCUCCCGAUAAAUCCAAGUUUUCUACCUCCAGCCACGCACGGCGUCCUCAAGUCCCUGCUGGAGAACCCCAUGAAGCUCCCGCUCCACCAUGAAGCAUUCGGAAAGGAGCAGGAGAAAGAGAAGAACUUGGAGGAGGAGAGGAACGUCCCACAGUCAGCCUUCCUGGGCCCCACUCUCUGGGAUAAGACCCUUCCCUACGAUGGAGAUAGCUUCCAGCUGGAGUACAUGGACCUGGAGGAGUUCCUAUCAGAGAAUGGCAUCCCCUCCAGUCCCGCCCAGCAUCACGAGCAGCACCAAUCACAGGCCCAGCACCAGCCGCCAAUCAUGCCCCAAGCCCCGGCGACGCCAGUGCCCUCGGUGAUGGACCUUAGCAACCGCGCCACAACCUCCGUACACAGAUCCAUGGUCUCGCCGAAUUGCAUCCAUGGCAGCCCAGCAAGAGCAGGCCUCCCCAACUCCAGAAACACCCCCAGCCCCAUUGACCCAGAGUCCAUUCAGGUUCCGGUGGGCUACGAGCCCGACCCAGCCGACCUGGCGCUGUCCAGUGUGCCGGGUCAGGAGAUCUUUGACCCGCGCAAGCGCAAGUUCUCCGCCGAGGAGCUGAAACCCCAGCCCAUGAUCAAGAAGGCCCGCAAGGUCUUCAUCCCCGAUGAUAUGAAGGAUGACAAAUACUGGGCCCGGCGCAGGAAGAACAACAUGGCCGCCAAGCGCUCCCGGGAUGCACGGCGGCUCAAGGAGAACCAGAUCGCCAUCCGCGCAGGCUUCCUGGAGAAGGAGAACUCGGCUCUGAGGCAGGAGGUCGCCGAUCUCAGGAAAGAGCUUGGGCGCACCAAGAACAUCUUGGCCAAGUACGAGGCACUGCAUGGACCCCUGUGAUGACCCACAUAGACACAGCACACGCACACACACACACACACACACACACACACACACACACUGGUCACACAAACAUAACCCACAGAAUCAACAAAUGCAGACAUGGACAUGCAAACACCUGACACUCACAACCUCAAAGAAUGAUGACCCAACCCCCCCCCCCCCCCCCCUACUUUCCCAGCGAUCCUUUGGCCACCUCAACUUUGCUCCUCAAGUCUCUUGGUCACAUGUAAAAGGUUAAACUCUUCACUAAUGGUCCAUAUACAUGCAACAACUCUAACCAACACCCCUCCCUCCCCUCCCCCCACCUCGACCAACACACAACUUUGUCAGAACCUCCCCACUGGACUCCCUCGUCGGACCAUCUGUACCAGAUUCACUUAACUGCCACUGCUUUUGCCCUCCUACAAGAGAUGAGAGGACUGUGGUUUCUACCCUCCCCUUUCCUUCCCUUUGCCCCCCUCCCCCCAAAAAAGUAUGUUCAUGGCACUUUAAAUUCUCAGCUCUCUGUAAAACGAAAAGAAAAAGAAACCAGUGAGCCAAAACCCAUCUUUUCUUCUUCUUUUUUUUCUUUUUCCUCUGCCAUCACUCACGUUUUAGUUACUCGUGGGCUAUUGUACUUUGCAGGUUGUUUCAUGAGUAAAACCCGUUGAUUUGUACAUAGUGUUUAUGACUCUUACCGCGCCAUAGCCUUUGACUUCCUUCUGACAACUGUGUAUAAUAAUGAAUGUGUCUCUCCACUGCUUUCCUAAAUUGGUCAAACAGCUGUCUGUUUUCGUCCAUAAAGACCAGGCUACAUGACUGCUUUAGCACAUGUACAGUUCUGCUCAUUGCCAAGGCAAGGUUCGGUCACGCGGGGCAUUGAAAAUACCAUCAACUCCCGGUUGAUUUUCUCAACUCCACAGGCGUGUGUGGAUUAAUGUACAAUUUGAUACUCGCUACCCAGAUGGCCUGUGAAUUUCAUAUCGCUCCGCUGACUUUGAAAUGAUGCCAUAACCAGCCGUGUUGUCCUGGGUGACAUGUUGUCUUUUCAAUAUACCAUCUGAGGUACAUUUUGAAUAUAUCUUUGUGCUUGUGAACUGGGUCAGGUCCUUUGCUGAUAAAUUGUGACAUGCUUCUCCUUUGUCUUUCAAAAUCCUCAGUGUUUGCACAUUGGUUAUAUGGUGAACUCCCCCCCCAAUGUUAUUUUUGAUAUACUCCUACAAGUCACUAGUCGAUUCCCUUUACUUUUUAAACUAUAUGUAUAAGUUGAAGGAUAAAACAAAAAUAUCCUAACCCCCCCCCUCCUUUGGCUGUUCCAUAAACUUUUUUUUUUUGGUUCUCUUUUUUUCUUUCAGAGAUAAGCUGUAUUUAAGUUGCAACCAUGCCACUGUAUAUACACUUUAAUGGGAAAAUCCUUAACUUGCCUUGAUACUCAUAGUCGGGCAGCCUGGCAGUGCCUGGUUUGACAGGUAUGUACACACAUACGUAGCUAUUGUAGAGGUCCUCCUUGUCAUUUCGUGCCUGCUGAACCACUGCUGCACCUUUCCUCUAUACCCAAGAAAGUUACAUAAAAAAAACCCUUUCUUUGUUAUGGAAAUUACAGGAAGAUACCGAUUCACUACUGCUGUUUUCAAUCAUUUGAGAAAGAAUGGUGUGCAGUGCUAACAUAGGACAGAAGCAGGUUGGGUAAAUUCAAGGGGCCAUCUACAAUAGCAACCACCGUGCAGAGUGUAGUCGGUGGAGGCAGAUGGAGGAAGGGAAAAGGUGCCCUUGUAUUGUGUGUGGUGGCAUCGCAGGCGAUACAUCAUACUAUACAUCCCGUAUGCCACCCGCAUGGCAGUGUUAGGACAAUGUGAAGCAGGCAUAGCAGAGGCUGUGUCAUUGAAAGAACUGUCUUUUUUUUUGCUUGCCAUUUCUAAAUUUUGAACUGUCUCAAAGCAUAAAGCAAUAAGUACAUUUAACAAUGGACUCGUCUUUGUCGGCUGCCACCGCUGACAAGCCAACCAUCACACAUCACAGCAAGGGACUGCCCAGUACUCUCAAUACAUGUCAAAUGUUUUUUUUUUUAAAUAUGCAUGGGAAAAAAAGCAAAAACAAACCAGCUUGUUUUUAAUGUGUUGUAUAGAAGUCAGUAAAGUCGGCAAAGGAGCAUUCUCACGGGUUCACCCAAGUACACCUAGCUGCAGCCUGGGGAAUGUGGCAAGGCUACACGUAUAGCCCACCCAUAAUCGUAUUAGAUUUAGGGUUAGGGUUCAGGUGUAGGUGUAACCCUGCCUCGAUCUCUGAGCUGCAUCCGGCACCUUCUCCCUUCACCUGUGUGAGAGAUGAUAACCAGUCCAAGCAAACUAGUUGUUGACAUAGCUAAUCACACCUAUGAUUGUGACAUUAACUUUUGCGCCUUUUGCAUAUAACUUAGCAUGUUUCGUUACUUUUUUUUUUGGUUGUCGUUUUGUUCAUUUUUGUUUUUGUUCAGUGUAGGAAUCAAAGUUCCUGUUAUCCCUUUCAGUGCAAUAGAUGGUUCUUUAACAGUUUCUGCACGCAUGACUCUUAUUUCUGUCCUGUUCCAAAGUGUAGCUCAGCGAUGAGUUUGACCCCCGGUGGCCCAGUUAGAGAUGAAUGUAUCGAGUGUAUAAUAGAAACACAGUAAGUUGGGUGAGUGGUGUUGUCUUAUACUGUGGAAUACCUAAUCACUUUAUUACUCUUUAUUACAGACCAAAAGAAAACAGUAUAAAGGAUAUAUUGAUAUAUUAAAGGUUUUAAUGUUUAUA